AUGCCCAGCUUCUUCUGUCACCAAUGCAACCGCACGGUACCUCGUCGCGAUGGCGACUUUGUUUGCGGAGUAUGCAACGGCGAAUUUAUCGAGGAAAUAUCCGGUCCUGAUGUGGAGGGAAUCGCUCCUGAGCUCAACAAUUUUAUUCGUGAUUUGUUUCGGCAGCAUCUAACACAUGUAGGAGGAGAUGGCUCACGCAAUCCAUCGCUUCCUCCCUUUUUGCGCACAAUGGCUGCUGCAAUUAACACAGCUCAAAAUGCGGACGGAACUCCGCGCAAUAUGAGUUUCGAAUUGGCACUGGGUCCCAAUGACUUGGUAUUCCGUGAUAUGGACGGCAACGUAAACCCGGCGAGAAUUCAGUUGAACAUUAGCGAUGCCACUGAUUUACCAACUUUCAUGUCGCAACUUUUCGAUCAGGUUGCCCAUCCAGAACUGCGUCGCAACGGAUUCUCGGAGGACGAGAUUCAGAAAUAUCUUCCAAUGACACAUGUAACUGCCAUGCAUGUUGAGAACGGUGUUCAGUGCACCACGUGCUUCGACACCUUCAAAGAGAAUGACGAAGUUGGAAAGCUUGACUGUGAUCACAUCUUUCAUCGCCCAUGUAUUGAGCCAUGGCUGAAAACUAAAUCGUCGUGCCCGGUGUGCCGUCAGCCAGUCGACAUUUUGAAGUGGAAGGAAAGAUACAACCAAGAGAAAUCGAAAGAGCUUCUUGACGAUCUCGACUAA